AUGCCUUCCUUCGCCGUCGCCGCCCUCCUGCCCCUCUCUCUCCUCUCGGCUACCGCCCUCGCAGCUCCGCACCGCUCGUCGCCCCCUCAAGUUGUCCGCCUCGUCGGCCAGGCGCCGGCGACCAACGACGUGACGCUCGACCAGCUGCGCGAGCGCCACGCCGACAGCUUUGCCCGCCUCGCCAACGCUGUCAAGCGAGGCAUCCAGGCGCCUUCCGCUGUCGAGAAGCGCGGCAGCGUCGUGCACGUCCCGCUCAAGCUCCACUACAACGAGUACAACGGGCUCGACGCGCACGCGGCCGAGGUCAGCAUCGGCGGCCAAAACCUGCCCGUCCUGUUCGACACGGGCUCGCCCGACCUCGUCGUGCCCGUCGACUGCAAGUUCGGGUGCGCCAACGGGUUCUUCAACACGACGGCGUCCCCCACGUUCGUCAAGGACGGCGGCGACGUGUCGGUCGCGUACGGGACCGGCGUCGCGACGGGCUACGUCGCCGACGACACGGUGCGCGUUGCGGCACUCGCGGUGGAGAAGCAGGUCUUUGCCGCCGCGACGCAGCUCAGCACGGCCGGCGGCGAGAACUGGGCGGCCAUCUUUGGCCUGGCGCCCGGCGGCGGCGCUUACACCGGCGGCCCGUCCUUCAUCCAGCGCCUCGUCCAGCAAGGCUCGCUCGCUCGCAACGAGUUCUCGAUGUCGCUCAAGAGCUCGCGGCCUGAGCUGGUCCUCGGCGGCGUCGACCGCGGUUUCCUUCAAGCGAGCCUCAUCACGGUCCCCAACCUCGGCGCCGCCAGUGGCAUCUGGCUCGCAGGUAUGGGCGCCACGAGCGUCGACAACAAGGUCGUCGACGGCACGGUCUCGUACGCCCUGAUCGACUCGGGCUCGUCCUUCAACUCUAUCCCGCGCUCGGCGGCUGCAGCCGUCUACGCUGCGACGAACGGGACGCUCUGGAAGACGCAGCGCAUGGCGGUCGCUGGUAUCGAGGCCGACGUCGACAUCUACACGGUCCCGUGCGAGCCGUCGUCGACGAGCGGCCGCAUCGGCUUCACCUUCAUCGGCGCCUCGAGCUCGACGCCCGUUUCGAUGUCGGCCGUCAGCAACGUACUCGAAUACGUCGACGACGUUGCGAGCGAGUCCUGCUUUGGCGGUCUCUACGGCGCCAACGUUGAACUGGUUCCCGGCUCGGGCAUGCAGGGCGCUCUCCUCGGCAUGCCGUUCCUCAAAAGCGUCCUCGCCGUCUUCAACUUUGACGACGCCGCGAACGGUGUCUCGAUGGCGUUCAGCGGCGUCAGAAUGCCCAAGUAA